AUGAGUUUGUGCUUAAGGCAUAGCCUCGCUUACACAUUAAACAUCCUGUUCGCGAAAAGAAGAGAUAUUAUGAUACACAGACACAACACGUCAGGUGAAGGAGAUGGGAAAAUAAGAAGAGGAAGAAGCAAGCAAGCAAUAACAAAAAGAAGAAGAUCGAAACACUCCGGUACACGAUGGAAAAAGGGAUUUGUUUUUAUGGUAAUGACUGUGAGAUAUGUCUUCAGCUCACCUUCGACAGCCGUCGAAUGA